AUGUUCUCAUCAUCCAAUCGUAUCUUUAGAGUAUUGGGUAAAAAGAACCUCUCUCAAAUCUCAACCAACACAACACAAAAACGUCUUCUCAAUCUCCACGAAUACCAAGCACAAGAUUUGUUCAGAAGUUAUGAUAUUUCCGUUCCAAGAGGCAAAGUACUAACAAGUGCAACAGAAACCAAGAAGGCCUGCACUGAAUUGGGAAAUCAUGUCGAUUAUAUUGUCAAGGCUCAAGUGUUAGCUGGUGGUAGAGGUAGAGGUAAAUUUAAGAGUGGACUUAAAGGAGGUGUUCAAAAGGCUCUUUCAAUUGGAGAAGCUGAAGAUUACGUAUCAAAGAUGCUAGGACAAGUACUAGUUACAAAACAAACUGGUGCUGAAGGUAAACCAUGUAACAAGGUUUAUGUUCAAGAAAGAUUAUAUGCUCGUAGAGAAUUAUACUUGGCUAUUCUUUUGGAUCGUCAAUCUGGUGGACCUGUAUUAAUUGGUAGUACCCAAGGUGGUAUGGCCAUUGAAGAUGUUGCUAGAGAAAGUCCUGAAGAAAUUCAUACAAUUCCUAUUAGUGUAAAGGAAGGAUUGCACAAAUCACAAGCUGAAGGUUUAGCUCGUAAAUUGGGUUUCCGUGAUGAAUUGCUUGACCAAGCUGUUGACCAAAUUACAAAAUUGUACAAUUUGUUUAUGAAGACAGACUCUGUACUUUUGGAAAUUAAUCCUCUCAUUGAAACUGCUGACGGAAAAGUUAUUUGUGCAGAUGCUAAAGUUAACAUUGAUGACAAUGCUUUCUUCCGUCAAAAAGAACUUUUUGCACUUAAAGAUAUCACUCAAGAAGAUCCUCGUGAUGUUCGUGCUGCUAAAUAUGAUUUGAAUUAUAUUGGUCUUGAUGGUAAUAUUGGUUGUAUUGUCAAUGGUGCUGGUUUAGCCAUGGCAACCAUGGAUAUUAUCAAAUUAUAUGGUGAGGACUCCAUGAUGGAAGCCCUUGGUAUUGUAUCAUUCCUUCGUAAAACAGGAGCAGAAGAAUUUGCAAUGGAAAUUGGGGAAAUAAGUGGUGCAUCUAGUAAACUCAUUUUUGUUAAAAGAACAAAACAAAACCAAUUCCUAAAUUAA